AAACCCAGAGGGGUUUUCGUUGCCUCUCCUUUUCCUUCCCCAAUCCAGAGUCUCAUGAGAUAAACCCUCUUUGAGAACUUCAAAGGUAAAACCCAAUAAAAUAGAAAUGGCGAGAGUGGCUUGCAGUAACCUAUUCCCCGCCUUAUCUCUUCUUCCAUCGAAAUCACCAUCAUCAUUUCUGUGCACUAAUCCUUCUCUGUUCGCCAAGAGCUCCCAAUUUAUAGGUGUUCAAGGGAUCAACAAGCGGUUUUCAUCUUCUUCGAAGAUAAGUAUGAGCUUGAAGGCCGGAAUCGUCGGUCUCCCAAACGUCGGAAAAUCCACCCUAUUCAAUGCUGUUGUGGAGAAUGGAAAAGCUCAGGCAGCUAAUUUCCCUUUCUGUACGAUAGAACCAAAUGUAGGAACCGUUGCGGUUCCAGAUCCGCGUCUCAAUGUGCUCUCUGACCUUAGCAAGUCUCAGCGAACAGUUCCAGCGUCCAUAGAAUUUGUGGAUAUUGCUGGACUCGUGAAGGGCGCGAGUCAGGGGGAGGGGCUUGGUAAUAAGUUCUUAUCAAAUAUUCGUGAGGUUGAUUCCAUUCUUCAGGUUGUACGUUGUUUUGAAGAUAAUGACAUUGUUCAUGUGAAUGGCAAAGUCGAUCCUAAGUCUGAUAUUGAUGUAAUCAACCUAGAGCUCAUUUUCUCAGACUUGGACCAGAUUGAGAAAAGAUUAGAGAAGCUUAAGAAGGGGAAGGCAAAGGAUUCACAAUCUAAACUCAAGGAGGAAGCAGAAAAGUCUGCUUUAGAAAGGAUUCAGGGGGCGCUGAUGGAUGGAAAACCAGCACGUUAUGUAGCAUUAUCAGACUUUGAGAAGGAUGCCGUAAAGCAUCUCUGCUUGCUUACAAUUAAGCCGGUCAUAUAUGUGGCAAAUGUUGCAGAAUUGGAUCUAGCUGUUCCUGAAAAUAACCCACAUGUGAAAGAAGUGAGGAAUCUCGCAUCUGAGUUGCAAUCUGGACUGGUUACAAUUUCAGCACAGGUAGAGUCUGAGCUCACUGAACUGCCAUCUGAAGAGAGAGCAGAAUAUUUGAAGUCACUUGGAGUAAGUGAUGGUGGCCUUGGGAAUCUUAUUAGGGCAACAUAUAACCUUUUGGGGCUACGUACAUAUUUUACUUCUGGUGAAAAGGAAACAAAAGCUUGGACCAUAUUAGCAGGAAUGACUGCACCUCAAGCUGCUGGAGUGAUACACUCUGACUUUGAGAAAGGUUUCAUUCGAGCUGAAACUGUGUCCUAUGAUGAUUUUGUUGCUGCUGGUUCAUUAGCAGCAGCAAGGGAAAAAGGACUGUUGAGAUCUGAGGGAAAAGAUUACGUAGUUCAAGAAGGAGAUGUCAUGCUAUUUCGCUUCAACGUUUAACGGUGGUACCACUGGAGGUGAAUGUAUCUUCUUAUUUCGUCUUCCAAUCUAAACUAUCAUAUAGCAGCAGCAGAAGGCAAUGAAGUAUUCUUUCAUUAAUCUGUGGAAGAAUGGGUCCAAGAAUUCAAUGGGCUAAGAUCAUUGUCAAUGCUAAUGGAAUGGGCAUUCUUUCAUUACCCUGAUCAUCGAAGAACACAGGUUUUGCUCCUUAACAAUAUGAUUGAUUCAUGAUGUAGACUCAGAAUUUUUUAGAGAAUUGUUUUUUUUUCCCCAUAUAUAUGGACUUUGGAUGUGCCCACCUGCUGGGUUGUCACUUGUAAUUGGUCUAUAGUUAAUUUUGAGAACGGCAUGUAUAAUGCAGAAGGUUAGAUAUUUAUUUUAUUCAUUUAGAGUAUAGAGUCGGAGAGAUGCUCAUUUUGCUUAGUAAAAAAGAAACAAUGUGAGAGGAAACUCUCUCUCUCUCUCU